CGAGAGGACUUGGCAGAGAAAUUGGGAGGCGGCGGAAACAGAAGCAACAGAAGGAAGCGGCCAUUGAAGGAUUUGAAGAUUUAGCAAGGACAUUGGAUGCGCAAGGACUUGGGCAGCAGAAGCUCCCGCACGCACCCAGAUCUGGAAUAGAUCUGGACAUAGGGAAUUUAUUUCUUUUUCUUUCAUAUUUAAUUAAUUCUCCUAUGUUCCUAAUGUUGCCUUGGAUUUCAAUUAAUUAUGCCAUGAAUUAAUUAGUUAAACUAAGGCCAUGUAUUGACUGAAACUACGAUGAUGCAUUUUUAUAAUUUUAUGUGAUUGAAUAAUUUGAGUUAUGUCGAGUUGUGUGGUAUUGGAUUUAAUGCUUGUAAAUAAUUAGCCACUAUUUACAUGAUUUGAUGCCUAAUCUUGAGACCGAAAGGAGAUAGUUUGAGGAUUGCAUCAUAGGUACCAUACACCAUAAAGUAAAACCGACUAGAAAUAGAAUUCAGUUUCUUUGUGCGGUUUUUAGCGAUAAGCUAGGAAUUUUAUAAUUUUUAAUGCGUUUUCAUUUAAUUAAACUUUCAUAGAAAUAUAGGAAGUUAUUAAAUGAAAAUAGACUCGUUAUAGCCUAGAAAUAGGAUAACGAAUGCAUUAGGAGAUUUCGCCGUCACAUACUCAAUUGACAAAUUCAUUCCCAUAAAAAUCUAAUAUUUGCAUUGCAUAUCUAGAUUCAUACAUGUGCCUUAGUUAUUAAAAUCUACUGAUUUCUUGAUUCAAGUUUCCUUCCAAAUCAAUUUUAUUUUAUUAAUCUAAUUAAUUUUUUUUUGUUCUUUAUUAAAUCUGAAAUUUUUAUUAUCUAAAUAAUUAAGAAAGUUUAUAAAUUUGGUAUUUGAAAUCUUUCCUCAUGGGAACGAUAUUCUUACUUACUAUUAUAUUACUUGUUCGACUCGUACACUUGUGGUAUAUUUUAGGGUGAUCAAGUUUUUGGCGCCGUUGUCGGGGAAAGUAUUUUUCAAUAUCAAAUUAAAACUUUUUCUUUAUUAAUUUAGAUUGUAUACAUUUUUUUUUAGUGUCUUUGCCUUUUGUGAUUUUUUGAUUUAUUUUAUUUAUUUUAUUUUUUGUUAUUAUUGUUAUUUUUUAUUCUUUAUUUAUUUAUUUUUUCUCAUUUUUUAUCUAUCUUACAUUGUCUUGUUUUACAUUGUAGGCUGAGUUGUGCAUGCCAAGAAAGCGUGGAGAAAUUCAACCAUUUGAUCCCGAGAUAGAAAGAACCUGUCGAGCAAUAAAGAAAAGGACGAGAUUAGCACGACAAAUAACAGUCAUGGCAGAAAAUCACAACCAGAACCUGAACCAGAAUCAGAAUUAGAGAUUACUACGUGAUUAUGCCAUGCCAGACCCAGUUGGAGCUCAAGCCAGCAUACUGAGACCAGCUGUCAAUGCUAAUAACUUUGAGAUCAAACCAUGACUCAUUCAGAUGGUUCAACAUGGGCAAUUCGGUGGAAAUCCAACUGAAGAUCCUAAUGCACAUUUAGCAAACUUUUUAGAGAUAUGUGACACCAUCAAAAUGAAUGGCGUCAGUGAGGAUGCAAUGAGACUGAGGUUGUUUCCUUUUUCGUUGAGAGAUAAAGCUAAAGUGUGGUUAAAUUCCAAAGCUCCAAAUUCAUUUACCACAUGGGCAGUCGUAUCACAAGCAUUCUUGAGUAAGUAUUUUCCACCAGGUAAAACUGCCAAACUUAGGAAUGAUAUUACUAGUUUUGUUCAAUUUGAUGGUGAAUCUUUGUAUGAGGCAUGGGAAAGGUUUAAGGAAUUGCAAAGACUGUGUCCACACCAUGGUCUGCCUGACUGGUUGAUUGUACAGACAUUCUAUAAUGGUCUAUCUCAUUCAGUUAUAAUCAUUAUAGAUGCUGCCGCAGGGGGUGCGCUAAUGGGUAAGUCUACAGAGGAUGCAUAUGAGUUACUUGAAGAAAUGGCUUCCAAUAAUUAUCAAUGGUCUACUGAAAGAGGUAUGCCUAAGAAAGCCUCAGGUAUGUAUGAAGUUGAUGGAAUUAAUAUGUUAAACGCCAAGGUGGACAAUCUUGUAAAAAUGUUUGGUAAGUUGGGGGAUGUCAAUGCUGUUUAUUCUAAUUUCAAUUCUGUCAGUAAUUCUGAUUGGUAUGAGAAUUCUCACUUGGGUUCUGAUUGUAUGCAGGUUGAGCAAGCACAGUAUAUUUCAAAUUCUAACAGGCAAAAUUAGCAAAAUAACCCAUAUUCUAACAGUUAUAAUGCAGGUUGGAGAAAUCACCCCAAUUUUUCCUGGAGGGAUCAGGGCGGCAGUAGCAAUUCUAGGCCUAGCAAUCCUCCUGGUUUUCAACCAAGACCUCAAGGAGUGAUGCAACAGCAACCAGAAAACAAGCCGUCUUGGGAGUUGGCAAUUGAAAAGUUAGCAAAUGCCACUGUGGAUAGAUUUGAAAAGCUGGAGGCAAAAGUAGACCAGAUGGCCAGUUUCAACAGAAAUUUGGAGGUUCAAUUGGGGCAGAUAUCAAAUGCCAUAAAUUCGAGAGAUCAAGGUAAAUUACCCAGCAAAACUGAGGUGAAUCCAAGAGAUGAGGUCAAGGUAGUGACAUUAAGAAGUGCUAAGCAACUUGGUGAGGUAAGUAGCGAACAUGUUAUAGGGGAUGUUGGUAAAAAGAAUAAUGUUGAAAUUAGUUAUGAGAAUGAGCAAAACGAGAUGCCACCCUUAACACCACCUGUUAAGCCUUAUGUGCCUCCUAUCCCUUUUCCUCAAAGGCUUAAACAAAACAAGGUUGACAAACAAUUUGAAAAAUUUCUUAAAGUUUUUAAGCAAUUGCGCAUUAACAUUCCAUUUGCAGAUGCUUUAGCGCAGAUUCCUGCUUAUGCAAAAUUUCUAAAAGAAAUUAUGUCAAACAAGAGGAAGCUGGAGGAUUAUAAAACUAUUGCCUUGACUGAAGAAUGCAGUGCAGUGAUUCAAAAGAAGCUGCCACCAAAGAUGAGAGAUCCAGGGAGUUUUUCUAUCCCUUGUACUAUUGGUGAUAUUGAUUUUUCUAAAGCUUUGUGUGAUUUAGGUGCAAGUGUUUCAUUGAUGCCUUUAUCUAUGUGCAGGAAACUUGGAUUGAAGGAGAUUCAGCCAACUACCAUUUCUUUACAGUUAGCUGAUCGGUCAGUGAAGUACCCAUCAGGAAUUCUAGAAAAUGUGCUUGUGAAGGUAAAAAAAUUUAUUAUUCCAGUUGAUUUCAUUAUUCUGGAUAUGGAUGAAGACAUGGAAAUCCCUAUCAUUCUUGGAUGUCCUUUCUUAGCCACAGCAGGAGCUGUUAUUGAUGUGAAAAAUGGUAGGUUAACAUUGAAAAUAGGUGAAGAAGAGGUAGAGUUUGAUUUAUUUAAAGCAGACAGAAAUGCCUAAGGAACCUCUCGAGAAUUGUUUAGUGUGUGCAAGAACAACGAGAGAUGACAAUGUGGAGAUUGCACAAGUAGCGACUGCUUUGGAGAGUCCAUGUGCCAAGUUUAAGCACAAAGGUAAAUAUUUUGAAGAGUUAGGAAAAGGUAAGCCACUCCCUCCCCCUUCUAAUGUGCAGGCACCGGUUCUUGAGUUGAAACCAUUACCAUUGCAUCUCAGGUAUGUGUUUUUAGGAGAAAAUGAUACUUUACCUGUGAUUGUAAAUGCUUCCUUAUCUGAUAGUCAACUUGACAAACUGUUGCAUGUCUUGAGAUUGAGAAAGAAUGCCAUAGGAUGGACAAUUUCUGACCUUAGGGGGAUUAGCCCUUCAGUGUGUGUACAUAAAAUAUUGAUGGAGGAUAACCAUAAACCUGUUAUUGAAAAUCAGAGACGGUUAAAUCCUAACAUGAAAGAAGUAGUGGGGGCUGAAAUUCUGAAAUGGUUAGAUGCAGGAAUUGUUUAUCCUAUCUCUGAUAGUGUAUGGGUUAGUCUAGUGCAGGUAGUACCUAAAAAGGGUGGGAUGACUGUUGUGCAUAACGAGAAUAAUGAAUUAAUUUCCACGAGGACAGUAACUGGUUGGAGAGUUUGCAUAGAUUAUAGAAAACUAAAUAGUGCAACCCGAAAAGAUCAUUUUCCUUUACCGUUUCUUGAUCAAAUGCUUGAAAGACUUGCUGGGUAUGACUAUUAUUGUUUUCUUGAUGGUUAUUCAGGGUAUAACCAAAUUCCAGUAACUCUCGAAGACCAAGAAAAAACCACUUUUACUUGUCCAUACGGCACUUUUGCAUUUCGUAGGAUGCCUUUUGGAUUAUGCAAUGCACCUGCUACAUUCCAACGUUGUAUGAUGGCCAUUUUUUCUGAUUUCGUUGAGCAGAUUAUGGAAAUUUUCAUGGAUGAUUUUUCUGUUUUUGGCUCUUCUUUUGAUGAUUGUUUGGCUAACUUGUCUCAAGUUUUACAGCGGUGUGAAGAAACCAAUCUAGUUUUGAACUAGAAAAAGUGUCAUUUCAUGGUACAGGAAGGCAUUGUUUUAGGUCAUAAAAUUUUUGCGAGGGGAAUUGAGGUGGAUAGGGCAAAGAUUGAUAUUAUUGAAAAACUGCCACCACCUACUAAUAUGAAGGGAGUUAGGAGUUUCCUUGGGCAUGCAGGAUUUUACCGACGUUUUAUUAAAGAUUUUUCUAAAAUUGCUAAACCUUUGUGUAACCUGUUGAAUAAGGACGUUGUCUUUGAUUUUGAUAUUGAUUGUUUAAAUGCUUUUAUCAGGUUGAAAAAGGAGUUAGUGUCAGCACCUAUCAUGGCGUCGCUAGAUUGGAGCUUGUCAUUCGAAUUAAUGUGUGAUGCAAGCGAUUUUGCUUUGGGAGCUGUUCUUUGUCAAUGAAGAAACAGGAAGUUGCAUGUUAUUUAUUAUGCUAGUAGAGUUUUAAAUGAUUCUCAGUUGAAUUAUACAACUACUAAAAAAGAAUUGCUUGCUGUUAUGUUUGCUUUUGAUAAAUUUCGAUCUUAUCUUGUAGGUUCCAAGGUGAUCGUGUAUACAGACCAUUCAGCAAUCAAGUACUUGUUAACCAAGAAAGAUGCCAAACCACGUCUGAUCCGAUGGGUUUUAUUGUUGCAAGAAUUUGAUAUUGACAUCCGAGACAAGAAAGGCAUGGAAAACGUGGUGGCAGAUCACUUGUCUAGAUUGGAGGUGCAGUCCCAAGCCAAUGAGGUGCCAAUCAAUGAUUACUUCCCCGAUGAGCAGUUACUAGCACUAUCAAUGGUUCCAUGGGGUAUUCGUAACGCUCAAUUAUGUGGCCAGGGGAGUAUUCAUUUUUUAUUUUUCAUUCUAGUUCUUCUUUGUCUUUCACAUUGAGGACAAUGUGUUGAAUAAGUUUGGGGGGAAUUAUUAAUUGUUAAUAUAUGCUAUUUGUUUUGCUUGGGUGUUUUUGAUAUGAAAAUUUUUUGUGAAACUUAUAUCAGGUGUAUAUGUGGCCAACCCCUAAACUAGGAAAUUUUGUGAAAGAUAAAAUAAGCAAAACUUGUUAUUUGGAAUCAUGAUUUGCAUUUGGGUUCUUUAUUGUGUUUAACAUUGAGUCUUUAACUUGGAAUGAGCAAUAUCUUAUAAAGCAGAUUAAGUAUACUUGGGUUCUAAGAUCAUUGAAGUACAUGUUCUUUGUGAAGUUGUGUGAGUUGUGUAACUAUGCAUGAAAGAUAAAUGCAAAGUUUUUCUUGUGAUUAUUCCUUCUGAGCUAGGCCUAAACAGGGUUUAAGUAAAUAAGGGUGAAUAAUGUUGAGCGAGAUGGAGCAUAAAAUGCAUUCGUUCAGUUAAAAAAAAAAAAAAAAAACGAAAUGGAGCAUAAAAUGCACUCGUUCAAUUAGAAAAAAAAAACAAAAAAAAAAAAGAAACAAAGAAAGAGAAAGAAGAAAAAAAAAAAACAAAAGAAAAAAAGGAAACCCUACUUUGCUACCUUUGUUUGUAGUAGUGAGAAGGGAUGGUUGCAAGAAUGGUUGUUGCAUUAUUCGAUUGUGCGAGUUACAUGACAAAGCAUAAUUGAGUUUAAAAUUUUGUAUGGAUUCUUGAACUUGGGAAUGUAAGUAGGCUUAGUUUUUUUUUUGUUUGCUAUUGUUGCAUUUUGGAUUGAGGAUUUAAAUAUGGGCAUAAUAAAGGAUUUGAAUGUGAUAAAUGAUUCCAACUAUAAGUUUUGUGUUUGAGUAUAGAAUUUAUUUUCUUUGCUUGAGGACAAGCAAUAAUUCAAGUUUGGGGGUAUUUGAUGUGGGAAUUUAUAUACACAUUUAUUGGUCAUAAUUGAGUAGUGUUUAAGUAUUUUAUAUGUGUUUUAUCUAUAAUUAUCUAAUAUUUUAAGUUUCUUUUAUAUAUAUUUAAUUUUUAGUAUUUUUUGUUAUUUUACAUGAAUGUUACUUUGUGUUUG